UAAAAUAAUAAUAUUUCAUGUCUCUUCCCCUCCUAAAUUACUAACAGAAACAAAAAAAUGUAUGAGGUUGUAUCAAGGAGUUUUUCACUUCGUUUUAGUAUUGGAUUUGGAUUGGCCUUGGGAGGGAUGGAAUCGAACAACAAAAUGCCAAAAACAAGAUUCUCUGUCAAAGCCCUCUCCUCUUCUUCUUCGGAUCAAAACCCAAACCCAGGUUCUGGAUUGACCAACAACGUUUCUUUGCCUCAAGUUCGAGUUUUUACCAGGAAAAAAAGGCUUAAAAAGACACUGGAUGUUGUAAAAGAAAAUCCCAAACCAGAAAAUGAAGACCAUAAUUCGUGUAGCUUACCUGACAUAGAAGAAUUUGCAUACAAGAAGGUAGAUGGACCUGCUCGGUCAGGGAAGUCGAAGUCCGCAUGUGAUGAGCUUAAUGUGGGUGUCGGUAUUGCUUCUCCUAUUGGAGUGGGAGGCAAACCACCUGCCAACUGGGAAAAAGUGCUUGAAGGAAUCCGUAAAAUGAGAUCCUUAGAAGAUGCACCUGUGGACACUAUGGGAUGUGAGAAAGCUGGAAGUGUUCUUCCACCCAAGGAAAGAAGAUUUGCUGUCUUGGUAUCAUCACUACUAUCUAGCCAAACCAAAGAUCAUGUUACUCAUGGAGCAAUUCAACGUCUCAGUCAGAAUUGUCUUCUGACUCCUGAUGCCAUUGACAAAGCUGAUGAAGCAACUAUUAAGAAUUUGAUCUACCCGGUCGGAUUUUAUACAAGGAAAGCUAUUAAUAUGAAGAAAAUUGCAAAAAUCUGUCUUAUGAAGUAUGAUGGGGACAUUCCAAGCUCCUUGGAGGAACUACUCUUGCUCCCAGGGAUAGGCCCGAAGAUGGCUCAUUUGGUUAUGAAUGUUGCGUGGAAUGAUGUUCAAGGGAUAUGUGUAGAUACUCAUGUGCACCGCAUUUCCAAUCGGCUUGGAUGGGUGUCUCGACCAGGGACAAAACAGAAAACUUCGUCUCCAGAGGAAACAAGAGUGGCAUUGCAACAGUGGCUUCCAAAGGAGGAAUGGGUCCCAAUUAACCCUCUUUUGGUGGGAUUUGGACAGACGAUUUGUACUCCACUCAAGCCACGGUGUGAAACCUGCAGCAUUACGUUGUUUUGCCCAUCUGCCUUCAAGGAAGCCUCGAGCCCGUCUAAGGUGAAAAAAUCUGGUGCUAGGAAAAAGCUUUGAUCAUUUUAAUUCUUGAAAACAGGAUUUUAGUUUCAUUUUGCGAGGCAACCCUAAGAAAUCUCCGGCCGGGUAUGUUGAAUGCAGCCAUGUAUUCUUAAUAUCGGUAGGAGUAUGUAUUUUGUUGAAGGGCUUAGAAAGCAUAUUCUUUUUGAGGUAACUCUCGUAUAAACUUCUUAAAGAUUAAUGUGAUGACACAAAUUUGGGAA